AUGACGACUCUGCUUAGAAACUUGACGAUAGACACGCUCGCUGCGGCGCUCCGCGGAACCAUACUCAACCCUGGGCUCACCGCCUCGGUGGCAGCAGCGGUUACUUGGCUGUUAGAACCCGGCACGUUCGGUUCCCGUGGAUUGCACGCAAGCCUUUUUCAACUUGGCCUGGCGGCAUGGGUUCUUACGGCGGCCGGCCUGGUUCUGCGGCUCCACGAGCAGCUGAACAUGUGGACCGCCAACAAUUGGACAAGAGACAGCACCUGGGACUGGGACAAGGAGAUCGUGCUCAUCACCGGAGCCAGUAGCGGUAUCGGCGCCACCAUGGCUCAGCAACUCAUAGCCCGGAAUCCCCGUACGAAGGUCGUUGUCGUGGACUACGUUCCUCUCACUUGGCAGCCGACACCAAGGUCAGACGUCCGGUACUUCAAGUGCGACCUUAGCGACCAAACCGCCAUCAGGGUCCUUUGUGAUCGUGUCAGACGCGAAGUGGGAAACCCGACUGUUCUGGUCAACAACGCUGGCCUCUCACGCGGGUUCACGGUGCUGGACGGGACUUAUGCGGACGUCGAGCUGACGAUCAACACGAACCUGGUCGCCCCGUUUCUGCUGGUCAAGGAGUUUCUCCCGCACAUGGUGGAGUCGAAUCACGGCCAUAUCAUCCACGUGGGUUCCAUGAGCUCGAUGAUGCCGCCUGCUAGGAUCGCCGACUACGCGGCCACGAAGGCCGGCUUGAUCGCUCUUCACGAAGCCCUUCAACUAGAACUCAAGUACAUCCAUCAAGCGCCCAAAACGGGGCAAUCGGCGUUUUUGUUCCCGCUUCUUGAACCGGAGACGGUAGCCCGGCGCCUUGUGGACACCCUCUACAGCGGCCUCGGGAAGACGAUAUACUUGCCCGGUAUCAUGCGAUACAUGGCGAUGUUGCGGGGCGGUCCUGAGUGGCUUUUGAAAAUAUCCAGAGAGCAAACCCAGAAGAUCAAGGUUGACUACGUUGGCUAUCAAAAGGAGUACAAUAUUCCACUUGGCAAAAUUGUGUUGCAUGUUUCCAGACGUGAUCUGAAGCGUAAUAAAUGGGAACGAAAGCUGUCGGGACUUUUCUCUGACGAGAAGCACAAGCACACGCACACGCCUCGCCGCUGGCGAGACUCAAAGGGGUCUACCGAGACCAGCAGGGCUGGGAAGGUCAGUUACAGCCAGUUUGCCUGCAUCGGAAGCGGGUUCGCAGCCAUUGGCCUGGGUGCACAGUUGAAGCGAUGGUACGGCAUCGAGAACGUUCAGUUCUUCGAGCGGCAUCACCGGCUGGGUGGGACGUGGUUCAUCAAUCGAUACCCAGGGUGUGCCUGCGAUGUCCCCAGUGUGCUGUACAGUUUCUCCUUCGAGCCUAAUCCCAACUGGACAAGAGUCUUGCCGACCUACUUUGAACUCUGGUCUUACCUCAACAGAGUCGCUCACAAAUAUGACCUAGUCAGGAAGAUGGCUUUCGAUGCUCUGGUCGAACGGUGCGAAUGGAUCGAAGAGCGAGCCAGGUGGCGUAUGACUAUUCGCCAUCUAAAGUCCGGGGCAAUAUACUUCCACGAGUGUCAGUUCCUGUUCGCCGGGACAGGUGCCCUGGUCACCCCGCGAGAGAUCGACGUGCCCGGCGCAGAUACCUUCAAGGGUGUCAUCUCACACACUGGCCGCUGGAAGCCGGAAAUCAACGUCGAGGGGAAGAGGGUGGUUCUCUUUGGCAACGGCUGUACGGCGGCACAGGUUGUCCCCUCCAUCCUGCAUAAGACCCAGUCCUUGACACAGAUCGUACGAUCGAAGCAUUGGAUCUUUCCACCCAUCGAUGCAAAGAUACCGGACUGGGUCCGGCUCGGACUGAACCGCAUCCCCGGCAUGACAACUCUUCAACGGUUCAUCGUCUUCGUCGCAGCGGAGUACUCCCUCCUGGGAUUCCCGUUGACCGAGGCAGGAAAGCGGUUCAGAGCGCAGCAGCAAAAGAUCACGGAGGGAUACAUGCGUGCCACGGCCCCUACAAAGUAUCACGACUUACUAAUCCCUGACUUUGAAGUCGGCUGCAAGCGGCGAAUCUUCGACUCUGGGUAUCUAAAGAGCCUCCAUGCCGACAACAUGACUCUGACCAACGAGAAACCAUUGGAGAUCGUACCGGAAGGCGUGAGGACAGAGAAGCGACUGAUCGAGGCCGACGUGAUUAUCUUGGCGAACGGCUACCACACCAACGAGUUCGCGGCUGGCGUGGAAGUUGUCGGGCGCGGUGGCGAGACCAUGCAGAGCCACUGGGAGUCCUUCGGCGGACCAGAGGCGUACAAUUGCUCAGCGCUGAGCGGGUUCCCCAACUUCAUCCUGCUCUUGGGCCCUAAUGCUGCGACAGGACACACAUCGUCCAUCAUGGCUUUGGAGAACUCCAUCAACUACGCACUGCGUGUUCUCAAGCCGGCGCUAGAAGGCCGCGCGAGCACGGUCGACCUGAAGCGCGAGGCGGAGCAGGCCUAUUCUGAUACGAUCCAAGCCGCGCUCCAGAACACGGUGUGGAAUUCCGGCUGCCAAAGUUGGUACCUCAUUGAAUCGGGCAAGGGUUCCAAGACGUGGAACGCCAUGAGCUACCCUUACUCGCAAGCGUAUUUCUGGUAUCGCUGCCUCUUUCCCGUCUGGUCAGACUGGGACUAUGGUGGACCGGCCACCAUGGCUUCAUCAAUCCGAAAACGAUGGUCUGAUGUCUGGUUUCUUGUUCUUCUUGUGGUGGCCGGCCUGACGUUUUGGAUUUACUUGGUCAAGGGCACUGAAGGUGCGGCAGUGCCUGAGGUGCUGGUCGAGGACUCUCGACAUCGACGCGAACGUGGUGCCGGGUCAAGACAACCCAACACUCCAAAAAUGCCACCUGAUCUACAGGAGCGUCGAAGGCGUCGCAAGAUUGCUCUGGCCUGUGAGCCGUGUCGAGAGCGUAAAGCCCGUUGUGAUGGCGGCAAGCCCAUUUGCUCAACGUGCCAGCGCAGGUCGCUGGACCUAGAGCACUGCGUCUACAAGACGGGCAAUGCGAGGACUGCAUGUAGUGAUGACUACACCAAGACCCUCCAUGAGCGCAUCCGCAAGCUAGAGCAAGCAUGCGCGUCCCACGGCAUUGACAUCAACACACUGGAGGCAACUGAACAAUACGAUCGGACUCCGUUAGAAAGGCGGACCUCUUUAGUCCACAAUUCCAGCCCGUUGGAAGCCCCAGGAAUCAUGGACCAGCAGCCAGUCCAGCUCCCAUCGCCAUGUUCCGGCGUUGGCGUCGGCGUCGGUGUCGAUCACUCCUGCGAUGCUAGAAGUGUGACAGCUAUGGGCACCAUAUUCGCCGAAGACAACCUCGAUGACUCCCUCGACAACGUGAAUAAUGAUUUCUAUGGCAGCUCCUCGGCUGUGUCGUUCCUGAAAGAAACCAUGAAGGAAGCUUACAGUGCGAUGAACCCUCUUCCGUCGAGAGUCGAACCAUCUGUCCUAUUCAAAAACCACCGACAGACCGCGCUUGUUCCCGAUCGAUCCCCAUUCGCCGACUUCAACAAGUUCCUCCUUCCGCCCCGGCCAUUCGCCGACCAUCUCAUUCAAGUCUACUUUCGCCGAAUACACUACCUCUACCCAGUCUUCCACAGACCAGCUUUCGAGCAUGCGUACGAGACCCUCUGGCGGCCCUCCACGGCUGUGGAUGAUGCUGCUGCCUCGAAUCCUUUCCACGGCGUUGGCCUGGGGUGUUCCCCCGGUGCAGACUCCCGGACCAUUGUUUUCCACGCGGCGCUCAAUUCAAUGUUUGCCCUCGCGUGCAACCACGCGGACUUGACGCCACCCGAAAAGGCCAAGGGCGUCGAGGUUUUCAUACUCCGAAGCAGGCAGUUUUUCAGUGUUGAUCUGCUGGAAAAGAACAACCUCGGCGUUGUGCAAACGUUGCUGUUGUGUGGUCUCGUGAUGCAAGGGACCCCUUUUCCGGACCGAUGCUGGAACGCCAUCGGAGCAGCGUGCCGCAUUGCCCAAGGACUCGGUCUUCACAUGGAGGCGUCUCGUGAGCCUGGGAACGCCACGCUGGAGAAGGAGAUUCGGCGGCGGACUUGGCACGGGUGUGUCAUCCUGGAUACGCUCGUGAGUAUGACAUUUGGCCGCCCCACCACGGCCGCUUGUUUUUUUGCAGACGACCCAUUGCCCCAACUACAGUCUGUGACGGAAACAGACUUCGAGAAAGUAAGACUACAGUUCAGCUCGCAAAGCCUCAAGUUGAGUCUAUUACUUGACGACAUACUGUGGAGGAUGUACCAACCAUGGAAAAAUCGCCACCGAGACGGAAGACUACGCGGCUCCAGAGCAGACGAGACUGCUAGCCUCGACGCCAUCGUCGAGCUCGAUGCUCAGCUAGAUGACUUUGAGACAUCAGUACCGUACUUCUUGUCAUGGCUUUCUUCCUCGCCGUCGGAAGGCAUAGCGGCAGAAGACCAACAGACCAUUGCAAUCCAGAAGAACGUGCUUAACGCCAGGCCGGUUCUGACCAAACUCUUGGCCGGCUUCGCUAGACCUCGCCAGGAACCUGAUGUCGGCGAGCCUACACCAAGGCAUUUCCCUGAUAAGGGUCUUAGAGCCCCUUUCACUACCGAGUGCGCUAGAGUAUGCGUAGACGCAGCUUCUCGGCUCAUCGCCUUGGUAGAUUCUUCAUGCAAGGCCGACACAACAGGAGCAUGGUGGUGGAACAGCUUGUGUGAGGAAGCCCCCAAGCAAACAGCUCUCGAUGCCUGUGCUGCUGGUUUAGUUCUCAUCAUCUGUCGCAUGUACCCACCCCUUUGGGCGCGACUAGAUCACACGGCCAUCGCGGCCUCCUGGGAGAGAUGCCAGGGAAUCCUGGACAGCAUUGCCAAUGUCAGCAUCUCUGCUCGCAAGUCGCUGGACCUGCUCCGCAAGAUUGAUGGCGCUGUCACAAAACUACUGACAGUGAGAGGAGCACCACUGUUUGAGGAACAGAUUGAACCCAGUCUAUGUGCCGACAUGACGGGGGGCUAUUUCUUUUCAGGCGAAAUUGAUGUGUCGAACUUCUUGGACCCUGACCCCAUGUCUUUCUUUCGCGGGUGGGAGAUGGCAGACGACGAGUCUAGAAACCCGUGA